UAGGUGCCCAGGUAUGACAGCAUUUCUAUCUCAUUUAUUAUUGGUAUAUAAGGGCAAUCAAAUUAUUCUAAAAAUGUAUAAUAUACCAUAUUUUUUCAUCAAUUUAUGGAAAUAAAUCAUUUUUUAACCUAAGCUUCACUAUUAAGUACUUGAUAUCCACUUGAAAUGGCUUAUUAGUUAAAAAAAUCAUAAUCGACAGAGCAUAAGUCAAACCAAUAAUGAUCACCACCCAGCAUAACCUGGUACUAUUGACAGGAGACCAUCUGACAAAUAACACAGUCAUAAAAUCAAAUAACACUGGCUGCAAAGAACCAUCUCAGAAUUCCUUUAAAUUCAUUAAAUAAUUGAAGCAAUGAUCCGUGAAUUUCUCUAAAUGCCACACCAGGAUUUCGCUAUGUUGGUAAUGCACCAAAGGCCAUGUGCGAAAUAUCACGUCCAUUGUUAAGGAGUUUUCAUCCUGUAUACUUAACGUACACCAGUAGUCGCCGAAAUGCCAUUUCCUUGCCCACAAACCAAGACAUUCAGUGUUAAAUUGCUCAAAUAUGAUACGAUUUUCCUGUCAUGGCUAUAUAGGGAUGAUGGUUAUUGUCAUGGAAUUGGAUUCCUUCAAGUUAAUGAAAAGGUGAUUAAUGACUGGAUUCAAAACCUGUUUAUCCGCCAUUCAGGGUUUCAUGAGAACUUAAUUCAGAUGACAGGCAAAAUGAAUGAAAACAACAACAGGCAAAAUUAUAAUGAUAAUUUCAACAUAGAAACAUUUGCAGAUUUUAGUAAAACAACAAGUGAUUUUAGUAAAACAACAAGUGAUUUUAGUAAAACAACGGGAGAUUUGGUAAAACAAUGACAUCCAGUAAAACCUACAUUAUAUGGACACUAUACAGAGUCCACAUAAUAAAUGAACAAUGUAUACAUAUAUGUGAAUAUUCAAAUAUGGAUUCUCACCUGCUAUUGGUCAGUUUGAGUCAGGGGGUGACCCACUAGCAGACGGAAACACCAGCACGUGUUCAAUGGUGUGGGGAGGGGACGAUCUGGCAUCAAAACUAUGAAUUUUUGGCACGCUGCUUGCUGACCCGGAACUUGUGCUUAAGUUGUCCAUGCUUAUGUGGUAUUGGAUAUCU